AUGCGGCUGGGCUCCAACAGUUCGCUAAAAGUCAUUGGACACAAUGCGGGAACGUCCAUGGACGGGGUCGACCUCGUCCAUGUCCACUUCACCCAGGACAGCCCGAAAAUGCCAUUAAAGAUGCAGCUCCUGCACUACGGAGAAUACCCGAUGCCAAAGAAGCUCAAGGCGAGAGUCAUGAAGCUCAUCAAGGAGAACAAGACGACACCGGAGGAGAUGGCUAUCGUCAACAUUCAGCUAGGGGAGGUCAUUACCGACGCCGUCAAGUGGUUCGCACAGGAGAACAACUUCAGCCUAGCAUCGGACGUCGAUCUGAUUGGUGGCCAGGGCCAGACGAUCUGGCACCUUCCCCUGCCCGAGCUCUUCGAGGGCAAUCAGAGCCGUGCUCAUCUCGACAUGGGCGAGAUAGCCAUCAUCGCCGCGGGCACAGGCGUCACCUCGCUUGGCAACUUUCGUGUGUCCGAGAUGGCUCUUGGCCGACAAGGCUGCCCGCUAUUUGCAGCUCUCGACUCCCUCCUCCUGAGCCACCCGACGCUUAAUCGUGCGGUGCAGAACAUCGGCGGCAUCGCAAACUUUUCCAUCUUACCCCGUGGCGCUGUUGAAGAAUGUUACGACUUCGAUACGGGACCUGGCAACGUGUUUAUCGACGCUGCGGUGCGGUACUUCACCAACGGUGAACAGGAAUAUGACAAGGAUGGUGCCAUGGGCCAGAAGGGCAAGGUUGACCAGUCUGUGGUGGAUCGAGUACUACAGGGGCCGUACUUUGUGCAUGAUAUACCCAAGACGACUGGCCGAGAGACGUUUGGGGAUCGGAUGGCGGAAGACAUCUGCGAUGAGAUGCUGGCGCAGGGUGUCAAUACAGGCGGCGCGACGCCAGAGGACUGUGUCGCCACCAUAACUCGCAUCACAGCGCAGUCCCUGGCUGAUGCCUACGAACGCUGGGGUCCGCCAGGGGGCGUCGACGAGAUCUACAUGGGCGGUGGUGGGUCGUAUAACCCUAACAUCAUCAACUACCUAAAGGAGCGCAUGCCCAACACACGUAUUGUCCCCAUCUCCGAGAUUGGGAUUCCUAUCGGAGCAAAAGAAGCUCUCGGCUUUGCGUUAUUGACGCAUGAGUGCUUCGUCGGACGACCCAUGAUUGUGCCCAAGAGGACCGAAUCGGACCGUCCCGGGGUGGUGGGCCAGAUCCAGCCGGGCACGAAUAUGCACCGAAUCCGACAACAUGUUGCGCAGGUAAGUAGGGCCUUCUAG